AUGCUGCCAAGAAAGGCACCCCUGGCAAAAGCCCACAAUAGCGUCAAAGAGCACGCCACCAAAAUUUUGGGAACUAUCUUAGGUGGUGAGGUCCAGCAAGGCUGGGUCUUCUUGUGCACUGAAGAGGCCCAGGACACCUUGGGGACGUAUACGAGCCCCCUAGCUGCGGCCCCAAAGCACAAUCUCGACGGUACGGUAUCUAAAAAGGUCCUCAUCAUCCAUGACUUGAGCUCAGGGAAGAAGUUCGUGCGCUGGGCUCAGACCGCGGACCCCCUUGAGGGAGGAGUUUACUCUGCUUCCUUUAGCUCAGGCUAG